UGUGUGUGUGUGUGUGUGUGUGUGAGAGAGAGAGAGAGUGAUGCUGGGAGGGGAGACUCGGGCCAAGGAGGCGCCCUGACCGGUGGCCUGCCUCUGGUGUGGUGCCCAGUGAGUACCCCUCAGGCCCUCUGCUCUGAGCGCCUGGCCAGGUGGGCUGCGUUUCCUCCUGUGGACCUGAGGACGCCAGGUCAUUGACUAGCUGGUGACACAGCAGGUAGAGGCUGGCAGCAGUGGACGCUGGGAGGUCAGUGCCAUACCGGGGGUGUCAUGGCCACUUUGCAACCAGGAAAGGGGUCAGGAGCCAGCAGGAGCGUGGACCUGGAGUGUGGACGGGGCAGCGUGGUGCCCCUGCAGUGCUCUCAUCCUGUAGCUGGUACAGGGUGGGCGCUGCUCUGAGGGGAGCCCGGGCUCCCCUCUGAGAACACUUCUCCAGGUACCCUGGGAUUCGAGAGACGCUCAGUAGAAGGACCAGGCGUGAAAAAAAUAAUUUACCCAGAAACGUACCUGGGUGACUGAGUCACACCCAGAAAUGCAAGUGAAAGCUGAAAUAACAGUUCCAGUUGGCGUGCGUCACACGGAGUAUUUGGACGUUGGGAAUGCCUGGUACUGGGCGGUCGGUGCUGAUGGGCAGACUGUGCCCCGGGGGCAGCGGCAGCAAGACUGGAGCCUGAAGAGGGUCUGCAGGGAUCCACUCACUUCUCACCUCAAGGAAACAAGCAAACGUGGGGUUUUGCUGCAGCACAGCCAGCGCUGGAAGCCACACAGUCUCUCCAGCUUUAGAAACGUUCAGACCGUCGUGGACCGUCCCUGCUUAAAAGUGCAGCCCGGGGGCUUCCCUGGUGGCACAGUGGCUGGGAGUCCGCCUGUCGAUGCGGGGGAUACGGGCUCGUGCCCCGGUCCGGGAAGAUCCCACAUGCCGUGGAGCGGCUGGGCCCGUGAGCCAUGGCCGCUGAGCCUGCGCGUCCAGAGCCUGUGCUCCGCAGCGGGAGAGGCCGCAGCGGUGAGAGGCCCGCGUACUGCAAAAAAAAAACCAAAAAAAGUGCAGCCCAGGACACUUAAGGACCACAGCUGGGUGCAAUGCUCAGGAAAAGCUGGCCCUGCGCACGCGCCUGAGCCGCGAGGCCCACCUGCCCCGCCCCGCCUGCCCACAGCCCAUCUGCACGCCCGUUGUAGCCAAGGGCCCUGCGGGCGUCCAGCUGAUGCAUCUGCCCCUGCGUCCGGGGCAGCCCCUCCCAGUGCCGGCAGGGACGUGUCCGUCUCUCUGGUUCUAGCAUCCAGCCGUGCCGGACAACGCGGGCACCGACAGAUCUCUGCAUGCAGCCUGCCCCCCAGCUCCUGCCCACCUGCCCCAAGGGGGCCCUCCUCACCAGCUCUUGUCCACACAGCACAGGGCGGCCAGAGGGGCCUUCGGGGGGAACCGCCAGCCGAGCCCUUCCCUCUCCCCUGCACCUGCUCGUGGCCUUAGCCAUGUCCACUGCCCUGUAUCUUCCUGCCCACUCUCCCUGCGUGCCCCUGCUUAAUGUCCUCUGCUGCUGCUCUGUUGUCACACGUCGGGCCUCACCCCGUCCACACCGGGUCCCGUCGAGUCACGGCACCGGAAGUCUGCGCCUGCGUCUGUGGCCCUCCCAGGAGGCCAGGGAAGCUGUCAGGACUCGGGCAUGAUCCAGCCGGUCCAUUCACACGCCCGCUGGCAGCCCCCUGCUCCCGGAGCUGAGCUUCCUAGAUCUUCCGAGCUGGGGCCAGAGCGGGGCUGGCAGCGCCCCGUCGCCUCCUUUUAGGGUCAGGGGCCCAGGACCCCCUGCCCUGCUUCCCAGCUGCCCUUACCUUGGUCCUUUCUGUGAGGUCCCCUGUGGCCGUGUCCUCCAGGCCACCGCAGGCAGCAGGAGGGGAACGGAGGCCAGGCCAGCCUCAGGAAACUGAGUUCCGGAUGGCCACGUGUCCGGCUGGGACCAGGGCUCAGUCAUCGUAGAAGGGGCGAGCCGGGGGCCGUUAGCAGUCUCCCCGGGGCUGCAGUUCCCUGCCCUGCGUCCCACGCUCAGAGCCCGCUCCACCCCGCUUACCGCGUCAGCCACGGGCCAGCGGCUGCCUCAGCUCACAUGUGGCCCCUUGUGGUCCAGCAGCCUCUGUCGCCCCGGGGGACCCAGGGUGAGCACUGGAAGCUCGGUCCAGAGGGGGGCCCGCAGACACAUCACCACGGGUUCCCAGCGGACUCUGUUUCACUGAAUUUGAGACGUUAUCGAUUAUAACGUCCCGUUAGGGAGGAGUAAACCUCGUUCCCAAGUACGGCAGGAUUUGGAUUACAUGAUGCGUUGGAACGGGGUGGGCCCGCUCCGCAGACCCUGCCUUUGGGCCCAGAAAUGGCAGACCAUGCGUCCCUGGCCUUGGCCAGACUGCAUCGCGCUGCGACCGGGCUCACGGUCCUGGGCUGUGGCCCCGCCCUCCUCGACCCGCGCUCCCCGCCCCCACCCCCCAGGAGCGAGGUGCGUCACACGUUGGUGGGCCCGGCCCUGGCAGAGCUCAUGGACUUAAGCUGGCAGGGGCUUAUCCGACGCUCCGAGCGCAUUGCGGCCUUGCGCCCGCUCCUGUUCUAGGAACGGUGUGUCAAAGUGGCCGCUGGCUUCUCAUCCUAUCGGCGGGGUCUGGAGGUCUCGGGUGCGCCGGGUCCUCCCAGCGGCCGGUGUUUGUCGUCUGUCGUAGCGCCUGGUGCCCAAGGAGAAGGCAGCCCCCGCCCACCCCCCUGCGUCAGGCAGGCAGAGCUCCGUCCCCUGUGUCGACCGGGGCAGGGACCUUCGGUGUGCUUCGCGCGUUUGCUGAUCCGUCACAUUCGGGUCACUGCAGGCUGCUCACAUGGGGAUCGGGCACCUUCCCCUGAGAGGGCCUGCCACGCGCACCGGAGGGAAGGCCGCUCGGGUGGGAGCCUGCUGGAGCCCUGGGACUUGCCUAGCGGGGGCCGCACUUGGGGGGAGUGCCCGCGUGGCUUCUCCCGCAGCGGCACCGGCUCACGUGCCCCCUUCA